AAUAUCCCCUUGCAACUCCUGAACGGUGGUUGUUAGACGGAUCUGACAGGAGAACCAACCGGCAGAGUCGACAAGGCCCAUACACUCUCUUGCUUUGGCUGCGGUACCGAAGCGGCGAUCGUCCAUUACAGUCAUUACAGUCCGGACUAAGUUAAGGGAACUCGGCAUCAUCAGUAGUCAUGGCCACAGCCUGGGGGUACGAGGAACAGAAUGGCUACAGUUAGAGAUUUCCAACAUGACGAGGGUUGCCAGAGUGCUGUUGAGUUGCGUUCAUAGAGGUCUAAAACACCAGGCGAGAUAUUUUCACCCCAGUGUUUCCCGACUCUGUGGUGAUGGUGAAUGGAACUACUACGGCCGAGAGUGACGUUGUUCAAGCAAACACCAAUAACACUGCACUCAUAGAAAGUUUAUCUUUUGGGUUUCUGCAAGUGGCAUCUCCUGUCCCACAAGGUCCAAACAAGUGGCAUGAGCAGUUUCCCAUUGCCAAGGGACAGCGCCAGUCGCCCAUAGACAUCGUCACCAGCAAUGCCAAGGUUGAUAAGGCAUUGUCGGACAACCCGCUGAAGGUCAGCUACAGUAACAACUGUUGUCAGAGCGUCACUAACACCGGAGCAUCCUUCCAGGUUGUCGUCGAUGGGGCAGGAACUGAGAUCAGUGGUGGUCCUCUUGACAGCACUUACAAACUUGUCCAGUUCCACGCUCACUGGGGCCCCUUGGGUGGGGAUGAGGGGUCAGAACACACCGUGGAUGGAGUCACCUACCCUGCAGAGCUCCAUCUGGUGCACUGGAACCAGAAGUACAAGGAUGUCGGUGAGGCUGUGGACAAACCUGAUGGACUUGCCGUGAUCGGGGUCUUCUUUUCGAGGGGGAAGGAGCAUGCAGGCUUCAAGCCAAUCUCAGACCUGUUCGCCAAAGUUCCUCGCAAGGCAGACAAGGUUGACAUCAGCUUCAACUAUGACCCAGCCUGUCUUCUGCCAGCUCGCAGAGACUACUGGACGUACCUCGGGUCCCUGACCACACCUCCUCUGUUUGAAAGUGUCACCUGGAUCGUCAUGAAGGACCCUGUGGAAGUCUCUGCAGAACAGCUGGCUGCUCUGAGGAACCUGCUAUGGGAGACCCCUAGCGGAGAAGGCCAGAUGUGCAACAACUACCGUCCUCCGCAGCCUCUGCAAGGCAGACUGGUCAGGUCUACCUAAACAGGAGAAAGAGUCCAGGACAGGCCCCCAGCUGUGGUGUGGGUUCUCUGUAAUCUCCAAGCAGAUCCUACGGUGCCAUAAGAUAGUAUCAAAGCUGGCCAGGGAGUAUAGCCGGCUAAGGGAGUCAAACGGUCACCUACGGGAAGUUUGAUACUAUACAUUAGGCACCGUGGAUCUGGUUGGAGAUUAGGUUUUCUGGUCAUCAGUCUGGCCAAGCACAAACACAGGAUUAUUUUUUACAUCAGGAACGCGACCUUGCAGGGUUCAUAUUAAUAUGUGGUAAUGGUCAUAAAACUUUUCUGCUUAGCGUUCCUAGCUCAGGCCCAAUCUACACGCAGUUUUUACCGAUAUCUGUGGAGAUGUCGGGAGGGAUCUAGAACGUAGGGGGCCGGACACCCAUGGCGCUUGCAGUCAUAAACAUAUAGCGCGAUUUUCCACAUGGCGUUAUAUGCUAAUGAGCCUUCCCGAAGUCGGGAAGCAUCUACACGUG